AUGAUACAAAUAUUUGACCAUCCGAACAGAGAUGUCGCCUUUUUGUUGCUAUUUUUAAUUACAAAUGUCAAAUUUGUCAAAUUGAAGACCAAUUUAAUAAAACACUAAAAUGUCGACCAGGGAUAGACUGCCUAUAUUUCCUUCCAGAGGGGCCCAGAUGAUAAUGAAAACGAGACUAAAAGGGGCCCAAAAGGGUCACAGCUUGCUCAAGAAGAAGGCAGACGCAUUACAAAUGAGAUUCCGUCUGAUCUUGGGAAAAAUUGUUGAGACCAAAAUACUUAUGGGGGAGGUAAUGAAAGAGGCGUCUUUCUCCUUGGCCGAAGCAAAAUUUGCCACUGGUGACUUCAAUCAAGUCGUUCUGCAAAAUGUUACCAAAGCACAAAUAAAAAUAAGAACUAGAAAAGAUAAUGUUGCAGGCGUUACUUUGCCAGUGUUUGAGUGUUAUCAAGAUGGCACAGACACAUAUGAGCUUGCUGGUUUGGCUAGAGGUGGCCAACAGUUGACUAAACUCAAAAGGAAUUACCAGAAAGCUGUUAAAUUGCUGGUGGAACUGGCAUCACUACAAACUUCUUUUGUCACUCUUGAUGAUGUUAUAAAAGUCACCAACAGAAGAGUCAAUGCCAUUGAACAUGUAAUUAUUCCGAGAAUCGAACGCACGUUGAUGUACAUAAUAUCCGAGCUAGACGAGUUGGAAAGAGAGGAGUUCUAUAGACUGAAGAAAAUCCAAGACAAGAAGAAAAUUGUGAGAGCAAAAGCAGACAAGGAAAAGGCACUGCAGCGUGCGGCCAAUUUAGCUGCUGAAAAUGCGGCGCCGGUACGAAACAUUUUAGACGAAUCAGAAGACACUGAUCUACUUUUUUAAAUAUGAUCAAAUUUAACUAGAAUUAUAUUUAUCUCGAACUAA